GCUGUCUUUUAAAGUAUACCCACCUCAUUCAUCAUAACAUCCCUGCAAAUUUCCAUUGGCAUGACUUAAGGGUAGCAAUGGAUCCUGAAGGUUCACGUAUCCAAGAUGACCCAGAUGUCAAGGUGCUGUUGGCGGGGUCGACUCUGAGGAAGGUGAAGUCCCGUUUGUGGAAGAAGAAUCGGCAUUUCCGACUUCUGGCAGAUAGCCAGACCAUCUGGCACAAGUCCAGACGGGCGGGGAGAGGCCAUUCCACUUUCUCGGUCACUGAGGUGGAGGCGGUGCGUGAGGGCCACCAGUCUGAGGUCUUGCAGAGCAUCGCCGAGGAUUUCCCCGCUGACCUGUGCUUCACCUUGGUGUUUCAUGGUCGCCAAGGCAACCUGGACCUGGUGGCCGAGUCCCCCGAGGAGGCACGGGCGUGGAUCCAGGGAGUGCGCAAGCUGAUUCACAGGGUUAAGACGAUGGAUGCGAAGGAGAAGCUUGACCAAUGGGUCAGGGACUGGUUUCAGAAGGCCGACAAAAACAAAGACGGGAAGAUGAUUUUCAAAGAGGUGAAGAAGCUGCUGAAGAUGAUGAAUGUAGAGAUGAAUGAGGAACACGCUUGGCAUCUUUUCACGAUGGCUGACAAGUCAGAGAGCGACUCUUUGGAAAUGGAGGAGUUUGUCCUCUUCUAUAAGAUGCUGACUCAGCGGGAUGAAGUGUGGAAGGUGUUUCAGGAUUACUCAGCAGAUGGAGAGAAGUUAAUGUUGGAUGAGCUGGACAGCUUCCUGAAGAUCGAGCAACAUGAGGAAGAGCGCAGCGCACAGUACCCCCAGCAGCUGAUCGACCGCUAUGAACCAUCUGAAACAGCCAAAACACAAGGCGCCAUGUCUUUAGAUGGCUUCCAGAUGUACCUGUGCUCCCAGGAGGGCUCCAUAUUUAAACCUGAACAUGUGGAUCUUCACCAGGACAUGAGCCAGCCGCUCAGCCACUACUUCAUCUCCUCCUCACACAACACCUACCUCAUGGAGGACCAGCUCCGAGGGCAGAGCAGCCUGGAGGCGUACAUCCAGGCCUUGAAGAGAGGCUGCCGUUGUGUAGAGGUGGACUGCUGGGACGGCAGUGAUGGGGAGCCCGUCGUGUAUCACGGUCACACUCUGACCUCAAAGAUCCUCUUCAAAGAUGUCAUCUCAACGCUCAAAGAAUAUGCCUUCAAGGCAUCUGACUUCCCGCUCAUCCUGUCCCUGGAGAAUCACUGUUGUGUGGAGCAGCAGACCGUAAUGGCCCAGCACCUUAGCCAAAUACUGGGUGACACGCUGCUGACCACUCUGCUGGAUGGGCAAGUCCCUCAACAGCUCCCUUCUCCACAGGAACUGAAAGGGAAGAUUUUACUUAAAGCCAAGAAGAUCGGCGGUCUAGAGUGUUCUCUCGAUGAAACAGAUUUAGUUAGUGAUGACGAUGAGAUGGCCAACGGUGACGCUGAGAGCCCGUCUGCAGAAGACUUACCUGCUGAAUGUUUAAACCAAAAUGAGAAGAAAUCCAAGUCCAAACUCUCCCGGGAGCUGUCAGACCUGGUGGUUUACUGCAAGAGCGUGCACUUCCAUGGCUUUGAGCAUGCUCGUUUGCACGCCAAGUGCUAUGAAAUGUCUUCAUUCUCUGAGUCCAAGGCCAAGAGGCUUGUUAAAGAGACAGGGACAGAUUUUGUGCAGUGCAACACGAAGCAGCUGAGUAGGAUUUAUCCCAGUGGCCUCAGGACCGACUCCUCCAACUAUAACCCCCAGGAGAUGUGGAACGUGGGCUGCCAGAUAGUGGCUCUGAACUUCCAGACGGCUGGUCAGGAAAUGGAUCUGAACGAUGGGCUCUUCAGGCAGAACGGCUGCUGCGGCUACGUCCUUAAACCUGACUUCAUGAGAGACGGCAACACACAGUUCAGUCCGGAGAAGCAAGGGGAGCGGCAAAACUACAAACCACUCCACUUAUCCUUCCAGGUGAUAAGUGGGCAGCAGCUACCAAAGGUAAACCAGAAAGAGGGCUCUAUCGUAGACCCUCUGGUCAGAGUGGAGAUCUACGGAGUACCACAGGACCAGGCCAAAGACGAGACCACUCACAUUAACAACAAUGGUUUUAACCCCGUGUGGAAUGAAACUCUAAAUUUUGUCGUCCACACACCUGAGCUGGCCCUGGUUCGCUUUGUGGUGGAGGACUACGACAAGGCGUCCAGAAAUGACUUCAUUGGACAGUUCACUCUCCCGUUUACGUGCAUCCAAACAGGAUAUCGUCACAUACAUCUGCUCUCUAAAGAUGGAACAGCAAUCCCUCCCGCUUCACUCUUCAUCCAUAUCAGCAUCUCAGAGGUUACAAUAUGACGUUAAAUUUGAGCAUAUAAAAGCCGGAGGUUGUCUGGAGUCCAGCGUCUUCAUAAACCUGAAACCUGAGAGACGAGAACAGCAUGUACCAGUACGUUUUAUCUAAUAUUGAGCUAGUUCCAAGCCAAGUUAAGGGUGUCUUAUUUAACAUUUUCCCCCUUACAUAUUGUUGGUCUAAUAGCAGUGAGCUGGAAAAAUGGUCAGAAAUAAGACACUGUAAUUUAAUUUUUAGCGAUUUUCCUUUAAACAAAGCGGAGUCUGUGUCAGUGAUUUUUGUCGGGGGAGCUGGAAACUUGCAUCUCAGUGAUAAAUUAGAUUUGAUGCAUCUCUCUUAUGGCCAAUCUAUGAAUUCACCAAGAACUACAGACAAGGACUAUCAAGAGUGCAUGCAAUACUACAAUAAAAAGUUUGGUAGAUUGCCUGGUAACAUUUAUCAGUAUUAUUAUGUUAAAUAUGUGCAAUACUACAACUUAGCCUGCUAUGGAGAUACAGUGCAAACAGAAAGUAGUCAGACCCCCUUCAAUCUUUCACCCUUCAUGUUGCAGCCUUAUGCUAAAAUCAUUUCAAGUUCAAGUUUUUCCUCAUCAAUCUACACUCAGCAUCCCAUAAUGACAGCACACAAACAUUAUUAUAAAAGUUUUUGCAAAUUGAUUAAAAAAGAAAAGCUGAAAUAUCACGUGAACCUAAGUUUUCAGACCCUUUGCUCAGUACUUAGUAGAUGCAGCUUUUUGAGCUAAAACAGACAUGAGUCUUCUUGGGAAUGAUGCAACACGUUUUUCACUCCUGGAUUUGGGGAUUUUCUGCAACUCCUCCUUGCAGAUCCUCUCCAGCUAUGUGAGGUUGGAUGGGGAACGUUGGUGAACAGACAUUUUAAAGGUCUCUCCAGAGAUGUUCAAUUGGGUUUAAGUCAGGGCUCUGGCUGGGCCAUUCAAGGACAUUCAUGGAGUUUUUCCUAAGCCACUCCUGUGUUAUUUUGGCUGUGUGCUUAGGGUCAUUGUCAUGUUGGAAGGAGAACCUUAGCCCCAGUCAAUGGUCCUGAGCACUCUGGACAAGGUUUUUCAUCCAGGAUAUCUCUGUACUUUCACCUAUCUCCACUCAGGAUCUCUGGUGCUCAGCCAGAGUGAUCUUUGGGUUCUUGGUUACCUCUCUGGACGUCCAGCUCUAGGAAGAGUCCUGGUUGUCCGAAACUUAUUCCAGUUAAGAAUUAUGGAGGCCACUGUGCUCUUAGAAACAUUAAGUGCAGCAAAAAAAAAAUGUUGUAGCCUUGCCCAGAUCUUUGCCGUGCCACAAUUCUGUCUCUGAGCUCUUCAGGCAGUUUCUUCAACCUCAUCGCUCUCAUUUUGCUCUGAUAUGAGCUGUGAGCUGUAAGGCCUUAUAUAGACAGGUGUGUGCCUUUCAAAAUCAUGUCUAAUCAAUUUAACUCAACACAGCUGCACCUGAGUUAAAUACGCGCGUGUCACAGCAAAGGGUCUGAAUACUUAUGUUCACGUGAUAUUUCAGUUUUUCUUUUUUAAUUAAUUUGCAAAAAUGUUUAUGAAUCUGUGUUUGUGUUGUCAUUGUGGGCUGCUGAGUGUAGAUUGAUGAGGGGGAAAAUUAAUUUAAAUGAUUUUAGCAUAAGGCUGCAACAUAAACAGUGAAAAAUUGAAGGGGGUCUGAAUACUUUCCGUAUGCACUGUACUUCUGGAGAGCUUUUCAGUUUUAUUUGGCUUGAAAUGAAGGAAUGUAAAUGACUGCUGCAUAUCUAGAAUGUCUAAUUAUACCCCUGUUUGCCUUCAUAUGUACUUUAAAUGCAGAAGUAACAGUACUGAAAGUGUGUGGACCACAAUUUUAAAAUGUAAUGAAGAAAUGUGAGAAAAAAAAAGCCAAACAUCUCUAUUAUAAACCGUUCAAAUACUCGAAGCUUUGCAUCCGUUAAGUGCCUGCUUGAAUGAGUUAUUUGUAUUCACUGACAGACACAUUCCACAUGGUGUAUUGUGUUCAAUGUAAAUGUGUAUAGGCUUGUAAAUACAUGAAAUACUUUUUCUGGAUGGUUGAACGUCAUUUAAUAAAAUGAAUUCACAUA